GAAAUCUCGGCAGCGGGAGUCUAAUCUCCGCCAGCAGCCACAGGAAUGAGCGGAAUUUUCUCCAUCACAAAACUCCCUCAGAUUAGGAAAUCUGACGUUUACAGCGCUGUUUUCUGCGCGGACACGAGGAAAGGUGGGUGUACACACUAGUUGUACUGUGUGGCUUUACUGUGCCUCAGCUCAGAUGAGCUCACACAGCCGAUGCGCACAUCGUAGGAUCCUACCAAUGUGAGAAGGCGUAAGGACACCGAGCGGCAGCCUGGUAGUCAGUGGGAAGUGUGUAAGCUUUUGUGCAAAGGCUGUCGACUUUCCGCAGCACAAAGUAAAUAGAAAGAAGCGCAAAUGGUCUUGUGUUCAUUUAUUUCACGUUGGAGAGACUCGGUGGAUUUGUAGGCUUUCUGUCUGAAUGGAAAUCCACUCUUUUCAUCGCAGACGGGACUGGACUUCAGACUCAGCGGCUGAUAGGAAGAAGCCUGUACUUUGAACACUCUGCUUUCUUCUUUCGCCCUUCUUCUUAAAAAAAAAAAUGCCAGGAUUCCGUUUAUCGCACACUGUCCACUUCAAGCCGGGCUGUUCAUCUGGAAGGGCGCCAGACGUUCAGUCUCUCAAAUAUGCAAGUUCAGUCCAAUAAAUUGUGUCAUUGUCUGUCAGCACUGGAAUAAGAAAUCAAUACUCAAGAAAAGAGACGCGAUAUUCCUCCGGAAUUUUAACGACCCUUUUCCUCCUCCACCCCCUCCUCAGCCAUCCUGAUAAAUAUGCGCUUUGGUUGGAUUAGGGUGGUCUGGUCCAGCCUGGCGCUUUUUUAGCUGGAGCAGCGCUGAUGGGGACUGAUUUUUACUGUUGAUUUUGUCCAUGCAAGACUCGGGGUGGAAACAUGUCUGGCCACUUCUUUGAGAGGAUCGCUGCUAUCAGAGAUGGCAUUUUGGUCCAGCACUUCGGUUUUCACCUCUAAAGUGCCCCGGAAAAUCUUAUUCAUGUUCACCCUCUCCCUUUCCGUCACCUACUUGUUCUACAGCUUAAUGAGCUGCUACAACUCGCUGCAGUUCCCGCUGCAGGAGAACUAUGUGUUUCAGGGCAGGCUGGUGACGGAGGAUACAACUUUUGUGACACUGAGGGAGAAACUUUACUCGGCUUCGCCAGGCUUCACGGAAUUCACGCAGGCUGAGAGAACAACCGCGGCUCCGACGGUAGUAGGGGAGCACGAUGAGGCCGAACAAAGGACAGUGGAGUGGAUUAGGACGCAGGCAUCUCCAACUAAAUCUGCAGCGGCGUUUCGCCCCACCGCGCCGGAGAGGGAGCGCCAGGAGAUCAGCACCACGGACAGCGAACUCAGGGUGAACUGCACCUCGGAUUACGGGGAGAAGAAACUUCCCCAAGCCAUUAUAAUCGGGGUGAAGAAAGGGGGUACCCGAGCCCUGCUGGAGGCUCUCAGGGUGCACCCGGACGUGAGAGCCGUUGGGAAUGAGCCACACUUCUUUGACAGGAACUACGAGAAGGGACUGGACUGGUACAGAGACCUGAUGCCUUCUACGCUGGAGGGGCAGAUCACCAUGGAGAAGACACCCAGCUAUUUUGUGACUAACCAUGCCCCCAAGCGCAUCCACUCCAUGGCCAAGGACAUCAAGCUUAUUAUUGUUGUGCGUAAUCCUGUCACUAGAGCCAUUUCAGACUAUACACAGACCUUAUCUAAGAAACCCGAGAUCCCCACCUUUGAGGUUCUGGCUUUUAAGAACAGGACGCUGGGGCUUAUAGAUGCCUCUUGGAGUGCUUUGCGUAUUGGAAUAUAUGCACUUCACCUGGAGAGCUGGAUGCAGUAUUUCCCUCUUUCCCAGAUGCACUUUGUAAGUGGGGAGCGGCUGAUCGUGGACCCGGCCGGAGAAAUGGCUAAAGUGCAGGACUUCUUGGGCUUGAAGCGGAUUGUCACAGAUAAACACUUCUACUUCAAUAAAACUAAGGGAUUCCCAUGUCUAAAGAAGCCAGAGGACAGCAGCACCCCCAGGUGCCUUGGAAAGUCCAAAGGAAGAACUCACCCCAAAAUAGACCCGGAUGUGAUUCGGCGGCUGCACAAGUUCUACAAACCCUUUAACAUGAUGUUCUACCAAAUGACUGGCCAGAACUUUGAAUGGGAGCUAGAGGAGGACAGCGUUUCCCGUAGCUCUCAGGACUAGCAUGGCACCGCUGAGCCACACCACCAGCCUUCUCACUCAAACAACCGUUGUCCCACUUCAUCUUAAGAGAGUACUUGAGUGCCCCAAUCAAUCAUGGCUCUCCUUGCAGUUUGUGUAUCCAUUAGCAAGAGUUUACUGACAUGCUUUUUCCUGAAGAUGGCAAAUCAUUAUUGUGUAUACUAAACAUAAAAUAUAUUUAUAUUUGUGUAAAUGAGAUGAUUUAUUCCUUUUGUUUUUAAAGCAUAGAAUUGAUAAAAAAAAAAAAAUCACAUUGACUAUGGCGAUGCAUGUGAUGAGUUAAGUGUCCUUACCUCAUAAGCCCUAAGGGUAAACUCUGCCCGUUUCUUCUCCCUUUACUUUCCUGCUAUUUGUUGCCCUCACACCCACUCACCAGCAUCCAGCACAAAAAAAAGAUAUUCUAUUUCAACUAUCAAGGCCAUGAAGUGCCCUGUGUUAUUUCUUUUAACAUGGUCUUGCUGCUUUGGAAGACAGAAAGGAGAACAUAUAAAGUACUAUUAUACUUUGACAUGAGCUCAUCCUUCAUGUUGUCCAUAUUGUGAGUGGAGACAAUCCUUUUAAGUUUACCAAAGUGUUCACUUACUCUGUUCUGCCACUGGUCUGGUUGCUCGGCAAUUAAUAACUGCACAAAAAUUCAAGUGACUAGCUAGAUCACACUGGCCAUCUUUUAAGUAUUGGAUUUUUUUUUUUCGGAGCAGUAUUAAACAUUAGCAUACUGAUGACCGUACACUUUAAUGGGAAAGUUUCUGUUGCCCUGGUUUAAUUUUAGAAAUGAGUCCAUACUUUUCUUGCGUGUCUGCCAGAACAUAGCCAGCUAACUCAUAUCCUUCUGUUUUCCUCAUGACCCUUCUUUUGUCACAUAAUACAUGUCAACAAGGGGGAAGAACAACACAACAGGACCGAGCAGGAGUUUGUUACCAAACAUCUGCUGCAGCACGGUCCUCUGUCAUUAGAGAUUAAUGGUGUGUUAAAUAAACUGCUGCCGCUGGAACAAAGUCAAUGUCAGACAGAAUUUGCUGUCAAGGUAAAGCCACAUACAGGCCCAGGUAAAUUACCAAGCCAUUACUGUAUGUGCUUAACUUGAACGAGACCAUUUCUGCCCGGUAAAUGUGGUGUAACAUGAAGUUUAUUAGCAAAGGCAUGAUCAACAGGGUUUUGCUGUGAAAUUAGCCAUUUGCCCAAGCACUGAAGCACCAUAACCCAUCAUCUUAUUACUUUUUGUUUUGCAUAACCCACUGUGUGUCUGUGCUUUGUCUCUGAACUUUUCAUCAAUUGAGACAAUCAAUACAGUCAAUGAGUCAAUAAAUACAGUCUGCUUCACAUCA